CCAGUCAGUGCCACCUAUCAGUGCCAGUCAGUGCUGCCUAUCAGUGCCAGUCAGUGCUGCCUAUCAGUGCCAGUCAGUGCUGCCUAUCAGCGCCGCCUAACAGAGCCAUGCCUUUCAGUGCCCAUCAGUGAUGCCUGUCAAUGCCCAUCAGUGCCACCUACUAGUGCCUCCUCAUCAGUGCCUAUCAGUGCCACCUAUCAGUGCCACCUAUCAGUGUCCAUCACUGCAGCCUCAUUAGCGCACAUCAGUGACAGAGAAAAACCCACUUAUUUACAAAAUUUUAUA